UUUAUUGUUUUUAAGAAAUCAUGUUAUUUUUGAGACUGUUUAUAGCAGAGCUACAAUUUAAAUAAAAUUUUCCAAAAAGUGUUCAUCCUUUAGCCAAUUUUUUGCAUCCGCAAAAACAACGUACACAAUGUCCAAUGUUGUCAUGUCUGAGAAUAUCGUCAUCGGCCUACACACGUAUACAAUUUUUUUACACGAAUCCAUAAGUAUUUAUUGUUUUGCCAAAAUUAAUGAUAACAAUGUUAUCUCUGUUAUAUAAAUCAACGUACAUGUUCGUAGUGUUUUACUAUGCUAUCGUGCCUCUGGGAUAUCUGACAAAGUGGUGGAUAACGGAUACCGAUGAGAAAAUGAAGGGUAACAGCACAAUUUUGGUAACCGGGGGUGCUGGAUACGUUGGAUCGCAUACAGUAGUCGAAUUGCUUAAAAAUAACUACACCGUUAUUGCUAUAGAUAAUUUAGUCAACUGCUAUGCGAAAAAUAAUAAUGAAAAGCCCGAAGCGCUGAAGAGAGUCGAAAGGAUAACUGGCGAAAAAGUUAUAUUUUACAAUGUAGAUAUACGAGAUAAAGAGGCUCUAGAUAAAGUUUUCAAAUCCCAUAAAAUCGAUUCUGUGAUCCAUUUCGCUGCCUUGAAAGCUGUAGGUGAAUCCGUGAAGAUUCCGUUAACGUACUACCAGAACAACAUAGGAGGAUCGGGCACAUUAUUUGAGGUUAUGGGCAAUAACGGCGUGAAGAAAUUGGUGUUCUCUUCUUCGGCUACCGUAUAUGGUACUCCACAGUUUCUGCCCAUCACGGAAGACCACCCUACGGGCCAGGGCUGUACCAACCCUUACGGGAAAACCAAGUAUUUCGUAGAGGAGAUUUUGAAGGAUUUGUGUACUAGCGAUUCCGAAUGGAAAGUGAUUUUGUUAAGAUACUUCAAUCCCGUUGGUGCUCAUGAAUCUGGUUUGAUUGGUGAAGAUCCCUCAGGGAUACCUAAUAAUCUGAUGCCCUAUAUCUCUCAGGUUGCAGUGGGCCGCAGAGAUAAACUGCAAGUUUUCGGCAACGAUUACCCCACUCCCGACGGCACUGGCGUUAGAGAUUACAUACAUAUCACCGACUUGGCCAUUGGACAUCUGAAGGCUCUGGAAAAAAUGUUACAGCCGACGUUCACCUCAUGGAAAGCGUACAAUUUGGGCACAGGUUGCGGAUAUUCAGUGUUGGACGUGGUGAAAGCCUUCGAAAAAGCGUCGGGCAAGCAGGUAAAAUACGAGAUUGUGGGUCGCAGAGAGGGCGACAUUGCCGAAUGUUACGCCGACGCUUCCGUGGCUAAGAGAGAACUGAAUUGGACGGCGAAGAAGGACAUACUGUCCAUGUGCCAAGACACGUGGAACUGGCAACAGAAAAAUCCCAAAGGGUUCCAAAGUCCCUGCCAGGGUUGCUGAUAUAAAAUAUAAAUGGUUCACCUAUUUGGACGAUUGACUUGCCAUACAAGUAAAAUAUAGUCUAUCUAACGGGAGAAGAAGAAUUGACUGUCACUGUCAAUAUUUAUUCGUUGGACGGGCUAUAAGAUGCAUAUCGUCAGCGACACACUAGCUGUUUUCUAUUUACAUAAUUUUAUAGUAUCUGAAGUAGUCUAGAAUCCCGAUUCUAUUUUUUUUCAACUGUGGAAUUGUUAGGGAACUAAAGAUAAAGACUUCCAAUACAACCUUUUUGGAUUCGCUGCGAAGAGAUCAUUUAUUCUUCCCUUCCCCGUAGGCAUAUCGUAGGGUACGCCACUGCUUGUCAGAAGCAAAAUUAAUUGUGGGAGAGUAGAACAGAUGAUAAUACUUUUAUAUCGAUAUAUAGACAAGUGUGAACAUAUCGAUAAUCUUGGACGUUCCUAGUUUUAAAAAAUCUGAGGGUGCAUCUACACUAUCCUAGAAAAGGCGUAUCGGCGUAACGGCGUAACGACCUUGAAUAGAUUUCCAGUAAUUCUAUUGGCUGAAAUUUUUGACAGAUGAAUUUGACAGAUAAAAUUUCUGACAGAUGAAUUUUUCAGCCAAUAGAAUUGCUGGAAAUCGAUUCAAGGUCGUUACGCCGUUACACCGUUUCUAGGAUAGUGUGGAUGCACUCUGAAACUUGAUUAGGGACGGCAAAAAGAAGUAAUAUAUCGAUAUAUGAAUGGUUAAAAUGGCUUGCAUUUAAUAUUCUAGGCAAUGAUAAAUAGAGCUCACAAUAAUACUUUAUUAUCAAAAAAGAUACAUUAUUAAAUAUGUGGGAUUCUAAAAAAAUGUUUGCCAAAUAAACCUUCAAAUUAACAAAACUAUUAAUUUUCUUGACUAAAAAAGUCUUAAGAAAUAACCAUGUACUGAAUAACUUAUUUUUUGUUAAGUUUAUUAAUUUAAUCUAAUAUUGAAUUAUUCCCCAAACUUUAGAGAGCUGUAGAUGAAAUUUUUGUUUCGUCUCUGACGAUAUGUCGGGUGUAUUUUAAAAUAGUCAGACUUUAGAAAUGAUUUUUACUGUUGAACAUUUAUUUUAUGAAUUUAUUUCAAGAUUACUUUAUGUCAUUGUGAAUAUACAAUAAAUUAUUUAUAAGAA